CCUGGCCGGCCCAACGUCGGGCACUUCUAAUAGUGCUGACUGGAAAUGGGAACUAACGUGCUCAUGUAUAAAUAAAUAAAAUAGUGCUUUUCGAAGGACCACGGUUCUGCAAAAUGCAUGGGGGAGGUGGUUUCGCAAAGCAAAAGCGCUUUAAGUUGUGUACCUAUGCGUCCCCGCAGAAGCAAGCAAUAUAACAGAAAAGAUAGAAAUAAAUAUUAAGAGUUUAUUCUAAUUUCUGCAUGCUCAUAUGCAAAUACUAUUGUGAUUAGGAGAUGAAGGUAGGUAGUCCAUUGAUCUUGGAAGUUUGAGAAACAGCUGUGAUGAAGGGUAUCGUAAUGAAACUAUAUUAAGCAGACUCAUAUUUUUAAAAUGUUCAUUUUUGUGUAUUUGGGUGGGUUUUCUUCCUUAGACCAAAGAAGAAAGAAUAGUUGUCCUGGAAACUGAAAAUGCUGUUCUUCAUCUAAAACUUGCAGAGUAUCAAGGGUUGGCUGGAAGAAGCACUAAUGAAGUAUUGCAGCUCUAUGCUGCUCAUGGCCAACAGAUGAAAUUGCAGAGGAGUUCUGCUGUAACCCAGCUGCAUGGAGCAAUAAAGAGUCUUAAGCAAGACCUGAAGAGCCUUCGUUCGUUUGCUCUUGCGCUUUCAAAAGACUUUCAACGUCAAAGCAAGACUUGUCUUUACCAAGUUCUGGCAGCAGUCCAGGGGAUACAGCUGCAGAAUGAAGCAAUGCGAUUGUUUCAGAUAAAAGCUUUUGAUCUUGAGCAGUCUCUACAAGAGGUUACAGAGAGAUAUGAGAAAGAAAAGCAGAAAAGAAAGGCUCUACAUAACAACUUAAUUGAACUGAGAGGAAACAUCAGAGUCCACUGCAGGAUUCGACCAUUGCUACCUUUUGAUGAUGCUGUUGGACAUUCAGUAUCACAAGACAGGCGAAGAAACUUUUCAGAAAAAGCAGCAUAUGCAGCUGAUGAUGAAACAGUCCUUGUGAAGUGUAGCCGUCCUGGUCAUGCCUCAGUAAACAAGACUUUUCAGUUUGAGAGAGUUUACAAUGAUUUGGAGUCUCAAGAUGCAGUAUUUGCAGAUGUGGCCCCUUUGUUAACAUCUCUCCUGGAUGGGUACAAUGUGUGUAUCAUGGCUUAUGGGCAAACUGGAAGUGGGAAGACAUACACAAUGUUGGGACCACAGUUAGAGGGGAAUUUAUCAUUCUCCCUAGAAGAAGAAUCAGAACUUGGAAUUAUUCCUCGAGCUACCCAAGAAGUGUUCAGACUUAUUUCAGAAAAGCCACCAGGAAGUUACUGGGUCGAGGUUUCUGUUGUAGAAGUGUAUAAUAAUGAAAUUUUUGACCUUCUGGCCAAAGACGGUUAUGGAAAAGUGUUUGGCAUCAAGCGUGAUGUUGUCACAACCAGAGAAGGGAAGAGCGAUGUGCCAUUGCUGACGCACGAGACUGUUGAAAAUGCAUCUGAAUUUUUGCAUCUAGUCAACAAAGGCCUACAGCUGAGAGUCACACACCCAACACUGGUGCACGCUCAUUCCUCUCGUUCUCAUCUGGUAGUGACACUGACCAUAACCACAGUUGUCUUUGGAGAUAACUUUGGUACUUCAUGGGAAGAUGAACAAAGCAGUCAGAGACUAAAUAAAGAGGCUUCCUGCACCUUUCCACAAAAAAUGAGAGACAAUAAAUCCACCUCUUCUUCCAGAGCCUCUUCACCAGUGCAACUUGAAGCAACUGAGAAAAUGAAACAAGUCAAAACAAGACUGCAGCUGGUGGACCUGGCUGGGAGUGAGUGUGUUGGUAUGUCUGGAGUGACAGGGGCAGCACUGAGAGAGACCUCCUUUAUUAACCGCAGCCUGUCCGCCCUGGCUGAUGUUCUGGGAGCAAUAGCAGAGCAGCGAGCUCACGUCCCAUAUCGGAACAGCAAACUUACACACCUGCUUCAGGACUCUGUAGGAGGUGAUGCUAAACUGUUGGUGAUGCUGUGCAUCUCUCCUGGCCAAAAGUACCUAACAGAAACGAUGCAGUCUCUGGGAUUUGGAACUCGUGCUCGGCAAGUUCAGAGAGGACAAGUCAAGAAAACUUUCCCAGUGCCGAGUAAAGGAAAAUAAAACCUUAGACUCUUCUGGAUUUAAAUAUCAUUAAUGAGUUCCUCAGACUGAAAUGUAUAUUGUUGGCCUUAGGCCAUUCUUUUAGAUGUCAACUGCCAGAUAAAAGAAACAAUCCUCAACACAGCAUUAGUAAGCAAUAAACCUGCUAAUGAUAU